AUGAUUCCCCGGCUUUCUUCUUUCAGCCUCGCUGUCGUGGCUCUCCCAUACAUCAUCCUAGCUGCGUCUAAAAAUACUGGCCCAUCGUCCGAAGACAGUCGUCUCACAGCUGCUCAGAUUUGCGAUCCUGCCGUGGCCGAACCCCAGAGUUACGAUGAUAUGCUGCCAUGUGCCAAGGCAAAGCACAUCGAGGAGUUCCUCUGCCGUCCGAACGGCACCAACCCUACAGACCUCGAGGACCACGCCGAGUGCAUGUGCAAGGGCGACUUCUUCGGCGAGAAGUUGGCUUGCGACACCUGCAUGAGGGAUAAUGGUGGUAUUGAUAUUCUAGAGCUGUCACUGGCUCGCGACGCUGCGGUCAUGCCCACGGCUGUUCCUAGCACCUUUCAUGGAUUCCGGGCCACGGAAGCAAUCCCUACUUCGACGCUGUACAUCGCCACCUCGGUCGAAGCACAAAUUUCACAUCAGUCUACUGAUACCCCCAAGCCUACUCUCAGGAUUGGUUCACAUACACUCACAGCCCCCAAGCUGACCGAUUUCAACGCGCCCCUCAUGACCGCUCCUUGGCCGCCACCACUGCCCACCGCCACUGGGACAAACCAGACCAAAUUCAGCGGUAGCAUCGAAAGAGUUGGGGGCGACAAUAUGAGCCCGAACCAUGCGGGGUUGAUGCAAGUUAGCCUUGCAUCAUUGAUCGUGGCUCUGAUGGUUGGUAUCAUGCUGUAA